CCCCCGUUUCCCAUCAUGCAACGAGCGACGCGGUCACGUGCUGUAGGUGGAGGCAGAAAAUCCGGCCUUGUGUCCCUCGGAUCUGCCGCCAUGCUGUUGCUUUCGUUGCUCCGUGGCCGCUUUCGGCACAAGCCGCCUCUCCUGACGUCCCUGCUUACGCUCCUUUUGCUCGUCCUGCUGCCGGGCCCCGCUCAGCCCAUCUCCUUCCAACUGCCGGGCAAAGCCCGCAAAUGCCUACGGGAGGAGAUUCACCGCGACAAGCUGGUCACCGGCGAGUACGAGGUGGCUCCCCCUCCGGGCUCGUCUACCGGCCCGUCAGCAAACCUCAAGAUUACUGACACAGCUGGGCACAUCCUUUAUGUCAAGGAAGAUGCUAUUAAGGGCAAAUUUGCUUUCACCACAGAGGACUAUGACGUGUUUGAGGCUUGCUUUGAAAGCAAACUCCCUGUGGGAACAGGGCGGAUGCCAGACCAGCUUGUGACCUUGAAUAUGAAGCACGGAGUGGAAGCAAAAAACUAUGAGGAGAUUGCUAAAGUGGAAAAGCUGAAACCAUUGGAGCUGGAGCUGCGACGACUGGAAGAUCUUUCAGAAUCUAUUGUUAAUGACUUUGCAUACAUGAAAAAGCGAGAAGAGGAGAUGCGGGAUACUAAUGAAUCUACCAACAUUCGAGUACUGUACUUCAGCAUUUUUUCAAUGUUCUGCCUCAUUGGACUGGCAACUUGGCAAGUCUUUUAUCUGCGGCAUUUCUUCAAAGCUAAGAAAUUGAUUGAGUAGCAAGAAGGGCUAAUUUUCCCUUGUUUUGACACCCCAGGGAACAACACAGAGACCUAGCAAUGACUAUUGAGAGCCAACUUGGAGCUGACCUGCAAAAACGAACUUUUUCUACAAUUACCCACCAAAGGGAUGGAGGGAGGGAAAUACUGGCACAAAAACUGAGGAGGAAAUUCAGGACUAUUGAAUAGAUUUGGAAGAGGUGAUAGUUUGAUUUUGAGAAUUUUUGGACACAAAUAAAUAAAAUUGUCUCAAACUGA